UCUCUCUCUGCAGCUAAGAGCCUCUAAGAUGUUGAAUUUGACAGGAAAAUGAAGUACACAGCUUAGUAAGAAAUUCAAGAGAGAGCAUCAUAUAUAAUUUAGCAAGAGGUUCAAAUCCCACUGUUGCAUCCUGUUAGUCUGUCCUACUUCUUCUGUUUCUUGUUAAUAAGUUUUCGACAUUCAAGAACUAAAUCUGAUCUCAGCUUCUACGACCUCAGUUUUCAGUCUGAUUUGGAUCUUUGGAGUUGAGCGAUCGGAGAAUUUCUUUCCAUUUCCGCAAAAAAAGGAGCAAUUGAAAGAAGGGCGAGAUUACUAUAAUCAGAAAUACUACAAUGAUAACAAAUUCAAGGGACAAGGGUUUCCAAGCAAAGCAAGAGGGCCACAACAACAACAAUAACAAUGACGGGAGCAACAAUAGUAGUUUUCAUAAGGCAUCAUCAUCAAGUACUACUACUUCAAGGCAAUGGUCUGGAUUUAGAAAUCCAAGGAUCGUACGUGUUUCGCGUACUUUCGGUGGGAAAGAUAGGCACAGCAAGGUUUCCACAGUGAGGGGAUUGAGGGACAGGAGAAUUAGGCUUUCAGUACCAACGGCCAUUCAAUUAUAUGAUCUUCAAGAUAGGCUUGGUCUUAGCCAACCUAGCAAGGUAAUAGACUGGCUGCUUGACAUUACGGAACAAGAUAUCGAUAAGCUCCCUCCACUUCAAGUUCCUCAUGGAUUUGGUCAUCAAUUUCAUCAACCAAUGCUAAAUCCUCAUCAAGUUAGUAAUUCUCUUGUUGCUCCUUUCUUUGAUGUAAAUUCUACUUUUAUGGAGGCAGACCAAGUUGAUCAUCAAGAAGUUCGUGAUCAAGCAAAAGGCAAGUCGAUCAAGACAAACGACGGACAAGAUGAUCAAAAUCGUCAUGAUCACGAAGGAAAUGUUGGACAA